UUGUUAAGUCUACUCUUUUUACUCCUGAAACAAUACUGAGCAUGUAAAUUUGGUAGACGCUUUAGGUUAAGGCGCAUUUAUAGUUAGGCAGUCUUGGAAAUUAAAGCUCCUAAUCUAAUUUCAUUGGGGAAACCUGAGGGAAUUGUGUAGUGUUUAAGUGAGCCAAUCUGAGAGUUAACUAUGGAUUGUACCAGAUUUACAGUAGAGCAUCGAGGAUUGCUAAAUAAUGAAUAUUUUAGCAAUGAUUGGACAAAAUCAUAGUGCAAUCGUCAAACAAGGUCCACGUAGCUGUCACUGUAUUUUCAAUGUAAUGCAGCUCCUGACAAUGCUUACUGGCAGGAUUGGAUCUCUUUUCACAAACAGCAAGUGGAUGUGGGGAUGCCUCUUUGGUAGCAAGGAACUGACCAAGUUCAUAAAUUCUUGCAAUGAGGCAGCAGUUACUGUCGCCAACAAGGAAGGUGGCCAACUAAGCAUAGUCAAACCACAACCAGAGUCAUCUAUAAUGCAUGCUUAUAAUUGGAAGAGCAAAGAUCUUUUGGACUGGGAGGAGAAUAGCAACUACUCUGCCUCUUCUAUGGAGUCAAAGCUUCUAUUUAGCAAAAAAAGUGACUUUGUGCAGCUGCAAACUGCAAAACCAGAAAGCAUUUGUAUUCCCGAUAAGAAACCUGAUAUAUGUGCUGUUCCUGAAAGUAAUAUUCUUGGAAAAGUGAAGGACUUUUUGGGAGCCAUAUCAGAAGCGAAUAAAAGACUGCAAUAUGAUGCAAAGAACAAGGCUGAAAAAUAUGAUAUUGAAGUGCAUCAUGGUAAUGAGUCGGAAUACAUUGAAAUGGAUUUAAUGUUGGGAGUUGCUGAUCUUCAUACCCCUGAGGCACUUGUUGCUACUGAGUCUGCUAUGGCUGGUUCGCAGCCAACUUUCUCCUUGGCUGCUAGUGUUAGUAGUGAUGAUGAUGAUGACCAUGAUAUUAAAAGUAAUAAGGAAGUUGGUAGUGAUGGCAGCGGUGAUGAAGAAAAGAUGUUUAAUGGUGCUGGUGAAAAUUCCUGUAAUGAUGCAUCGAGGAUGCAAGCGUCCAAUAAAUGCCCAAAAAUUGUUGAACUCCCAUAAAUUUCUGUGAUGCGUAGAUAUGUAGGUCAUUUCCCUGAGGAGCUUUCGUAGUUAGAGCUAAACGUCAAGCUAGAGCAUUAAUUGACUCUUCUCUAGUAAGAAGAUUCACGGGUCAAUAGCAUGUUAUGUUGUUUGCCUAAUCUUGUAUCUUGUAGAUGUUCAGUGGAAUAUCAUGUUGUGUCAUGGAUAGUUUCCUGAUGCUAAAAUCUGU